GCGACUCAAAUUAAACUGAUGAACUUUUUCCUCCCCGUUCAGUAAUCUGACACCGCUACUAAACCCGAAAGGCUGAGAGGAGUAGGAUGGACUCGCGACUUCGUUCGCAGAAUUUGUCCAGACGUGGAUAGGACAGGGAACGGGAAACGGCGUAAACACGUAUCGUGGGGUAGAUGCGUGCGUUUUCGACUUAGCUAGUAGUUAGCCUACUUUCAAAUGAUAUCAAAGCAAAAAGUUUUACUUUUCAGAGGCGGAUGGAUGACUACCAUUCUCGGCGACUUUAUGUGAGGAGGAGAUGAUGAAGAAUUACAGCAACAGUCCCCACCACAAAAAUCAGACCUUAAAUCACACUAGAGAUCGGAACAACAAGAGGAGCAACUGGCUUUCUGCGACUUUGUUACGAUUUUCACUGCGUGAUUAUGGUUUCUGCAUGGCUACCUUAUUCCUGUUCUGUUUUGGUUCACUGUUCUAUCAGUUGAACGGAGGACCCCCGAAAAUUCUUCUGGAAAUCCGACAAUAUCUUGGCGUGUUUGGGAAAAGUCACUGGCCAAUGAGAAUGGCUUCGAGGCACAGUGUCCACAGGGACAGGCCCGGCAAGGGGUCGCCUCUGACCUUCCGGAAGGAGAAGAAAGGAGAGUCGACGUUCGUGGAUGACCACGGGCCCCCGGCUCCCAGGGUCCUGCCCUUCCCGAGCCAGGUGGUGUAUAACCGGGUGGGGAAGUGCGGCAGCCGGACGGUGGUCCUGCUCCUGCGCAUCCUGGCCGAGCGCCACCAGUUCAACCUGGUCUCCUCCGACAUCCACAACAAGACCCGGCUCACCAAGCAUGAGCAGGUGGACCUGAUGCGAAACAUUAGUAACAUUCCCCAACCGUAUCUUUAUACCCGCCACGUGCACUUUUUGAACUUUACCAGGUUUAGGAUAGAACAGCCAGUGUACAUAAACAUCAUACGAGACCCAAUAAACCGGUUUCUGUCCAACUACUUCUUCCGGCGAUUCGGGGACUGGAGAGGCGAGCAGAACCACCUGAUCCGAACUCCCGGGAUGAAGGACGACGAGAGAUAUCUAGACAUCAAUGUGUGCAUCCUUGAGAAUUACCCAGAAUGCUCCAACCCUCGCCUCUUCUACAUCAUCCCCUAUUUCUGCGGGCAACACCCCCAGUGCAGGGAGCCUGGCCUGUGGGCGCUCGAGAGGGCCAAGCAGAACGUUCUGGAGAACUUCCUCCUGGUGGGGGUCCUGGAGGAGCUGGAGGACGUCCUCCUCCUGCUGGAGCGCCUGUUACCUCACUUCUUCACCGACGUCCUCAACAUCUACAAGAGCCCAGAUUACAGGAAGAUGGGGAACAUGACGGGGACGGUGCGCAAGCAGACCCCCUCUCUGGAGGCGCUGCAGGCCCUCUACCAGCGCAUGCGGUACGAGUACGACUUCUACAACUUCGUCCGGGAGCAGUUCCACCUCACCAAGAGGAAGAUCGGCCUGAAGUCGGCCUCCCGGCCCACCCACCAGCCCAACUUCCUGCUCAACCUGGCCCUGAAGACCCAGGAGCCCCUGGAGGAGGACGAGGAGGAGGAGCAGGAGCCCGAGGACGACGUGGAGGACGCCAACAGCUGGUUGGCGCAGCCCUGAUGGUCUCCGUGGAGACGGGCGAGCUCGUGGGCGGGGCUUAACGGGGAAAGGGGGAGGGGCUCCGCUCCAGGUUUCAGCAUUCCCACCAGUCGCUUGGGGGUGUGUGGAUGACGAUGACAUCCGUGUUUUUACGGGUGGCCGUGCCUACCCAGCGAGGACACAAGCGUGUGCUUAUCAUGUGCCAAGAGCUCAGAGCAUUCAGAAAUAGAUUUUGUUUUUUGUUUUUAAAAGUUUUUGUUUUUUUUCUUUGCUCAGUCCGGGAGACUGGCGUAUCUGAACCCUUCUGGCCCCGGGUGGUCCCGGAAGCCGCCGUCGUCCGUAGAAACCCGUCUGUCGAUGGACGCAAAGCGACGUAAGGGCCAGCCGGGAGAGCACUUGAAAAGUCGCCGCAGGAAUGGCGGUCUGGGGGUCGCUGUCCCAGUCCGGCAGCGUAAGAGCCCCAGUGGGGGUUACCCACCCGCCCGCCCGCCCACCCACCCACCUGACCCCCUGACUCUGUCUGCCGCGUUAACUCCGUCUUUGCCAGAAGUUUGCGUCGCCUUAAUGCAAAAAGCCAGAGGUUUGGUCGCCUCACAGAUCAAACCAGAUCGAACCGGAUCAAACCAGAUCGAACCGGAUCGAACCGGAUCGAACCGGAUCGAACCGGAUCGAACCAGAUCAAACCAGAUCGAACCAGAUCGAACCAGAUCUCUCGAGCGCUCUUCCGGAUCUGAAAGCCUUACUCUGAGUUGCGAUUAGUAACGUUUGAACAUCCACUGCCGCGUGUAAUGUCGCCCUGUAGAGAUGGACUGAAGAGCCCGAUGUUGCUAGCUCCCGGCGCUGGACGCUUCGCCCUGCGACUCGGCCGGCCAAUCGUAGCUCUUUGUUCACAGUUGGGAAUGCCAGGAGUCGCUGUUUUAAAUCUGCGGCCCUGCCCCACCGCUUCCCGCUGCCAUAGAGACAUCUAUUCCACACGUCUGUCAUCUCUUCUCCUCGGUCCGGUCUUUGAUUUAAGGGUACUGUGGGAAACGGAACAUCAGUGUGCAAAAGGGUGAUCAGCACUGGUCUCUCUCUGCGUGAUUGGCUCCGCCUCCCCCGGGGGGGCGGGGUGUCACGGUCAUUAAAAUGCAAGCCAAUGACAUUUCAACACCAAAACUAACAGUGCUGUAUUCUGUAUUGCGUCCCUGUGCGUGAUUCUGAGUUGUGACAUCAUAAUAGAGGGCCGGUGAGCUGCAAACAGGGAACGCACAUUUAACCCUUUGAAGAGUAGGCUUUUCGGAAUGUUUUUUUUUUUUUUUUUUCUUUUUCAAAAGUUGUCAGUGUUCUAGAACUGAGUUCUUUUAUUUGCCAGUAGUGAUUGUGACAUCAGCAUUGGAAUGUUCGGUUAAGAACAUUCUAAUUGCGUAUUUGUGAACUUACACCGUUAAAGGGUUAAACCGAUAUCAGUCCUGCAUCUGUGCGUUUCAUCAGCUGAUAAGCUUACCGAAUUUAACGUGGAGCGCCCCUCGUGCAGCUGACUCCUAAUCUAUUUACUUUGUGUCGUCUUAUGAUCCAAAUGUGCACUCCAAAUCAAAUCAUUGUGAUUUUAACAAAUUAAAAAACGAGUACCUUAAAUAAUGAUAUUUUAUUAAAACAAAGAGACAGGAGAUGUAUAUUUUUUACUUAGAAACCUAUUUUGUUUUUGGUUUUGUUUAGUUUUUUAGUUUUUUUUUUUUUUUUUUUUUCAUAAUUUCAACAUCACUAAAAAUGAUUUUGCGUGUAACCAGGGUCGGCAUGGUUACGGUAUCAAAUGAAGUUUUCUCUGUUCCCUGUUUGUGUUUCACAGAAUGUCAUUCAGACGCAGGUACCUGUAACACACUUCUGUUCUUGUGUACCAGUGUUUGUACUGGUAAUAUGCCAAUACUGUGGCUGUCUUAGCUGGCUCACAGUGCCUCACUGUCUGUAGAGGUGAAUCUGCCAAUCCCAGUAAACCGGACAGUAUUUGAAAAGGAUUUGCAGGUUUGAUCAGCGGUUGGGAAAUGUUGUCUUUAAACAUAAAUUCAGGAUAAUCAGGAACAAGUUCACCAAAAUAUGAAUUCAGAGAAUUCAGCGUUGAAUGUUCUUCCAUUUUAGCUUGCAGGAUAGAGGGAGGUCUUCUAACAGUCUUCUGACCAUGAGAAGUUUUUUGAGAUCUGUUGAAACAUUACUGUACAGUAAUAGGGGUUUGGUUCCAUUGCAUUUUUUUGUUGUCGUUGUUGUUGUUGUUGCUGUUGUGCUUUCUCAAAUGGAGCACAAAUGUUGUGCCGUUGCGGUUCAAAGCUUUUCCAUAAACGAAACCAGUCUUUUACUUCAAAAAAAAAAAAAAAAAAAAAAAAAAGGCCCAGUCUGUGUGCUUGACACCAAGCAAAUCUAAGAACGGUAAUUUUCCAAACCUAGUCUAACAAAACUGUCAGCCAAGGGUUUACUGCUUGAUCAUUAUUUGGAUCUGACUGAGGCUCCUAAUCUGUAACAUACUUGCAAACUUCUGAAGGCCGAACUCUCCAGAUGUUUGUUCAGCGUCGAAACCCUUUUCCCGUGCCUCGUCAUCCCCAGUACAAAUUUGUCUUUAAAAGAAGUUGGCACAUAAUAUUACGUAGUAUAAAUGUUAUAAUCUGGUGUAACUUCACUCGUCAUACUCACAUGCCAGUUUAAUAUACAGCUUUUUGUAUUUAAAAAAGAGUGUACUGUGUUCUGAAUGAUCUUUUUUGACAGUUUAAUUUAUUAUAUGUGUAUACGUCGCAUUCCAGAUGUUUUUUCUCAGGAAAAAAAAAGGUGUUUUUAGAGAGAAUUUGUGCUUCAGCAUUUGGCAUCUAACAGUUAUCAAGUACUUUGUUAUUAGCAUUUAUCAGAGUUUUAAGUACCUAAAUAAACGUUUGAACUGCCUAAAUGCCUGCUUUGUUGAGGAACCUUUUGGUUUUUUUUUUUUUUUUGUUUUGGUUUUUUUUUUCAAAAUGGAACUAUCUGUUGUCUUGGACAGCUUUUGAAAUAAAUACCUUCUAACAAAAUUAACUCUU